CGCUGGCCAGAUAAUGCGAUCCGGCGGGGGCGUGUCUCUGCGUGAAACGAGUGCAUUUCAUGCAGCAAGUUUGUUUGUGGAAGGAAGCCAAGCGAGGAGGCGUUUGCUGUUGUUUUACAAAGACUACGAGGGACAGAGCUCCUUAAACCAGGUCUGUGAGGAUGAGAAGGUCUCCACAGUCUGGAGUCUGGUCUCUGAGAAGCUCAACAUACCUGUCAAUCAACAGGGACUCCUCUACAAAGGCAAGGCGCUGGCAGGAUUACGAGCGGAGCCUGCGCUUGUUGAGUCUGGAUGAUAUGGAGCGGCUGCCGACCUGCAUGCUUCACCCUGAAGCUCUGGAGUGCAUGGAGCUGUCCUUCCUGGACUGAGGAAUACUGCUGCUGCCCGCUGCCCUCUCCCCCUCUGCACUCUCCCCUUGCCCGUUGCCCAUCCCCCAUCUACCCUCCCCCCUUCUCCCCUCUGUCCUUUGCCCUUUCCCCUUGCCCCUCUGCACUCUCCCCUCUGUCCUCUGCCCUCUCCUCUGCCCUUGCCUCUCCCGUCGCCCCUCUGCCCUCGCCCCUCUCCCCUCUUGUUAAUUAGUGCAUCUGCCAGUGCUUCUCACCCACUGAGCAAAGCAUGGAGCAGUGCCAGAUCCUGUUUCACAAUACUGCUAAAUAUUUACUGACUGUUCUUUAAUUAGAGCAUUGUAUAUGUUUAAUAAGAUAAACCACACGAUACACCCUUUCUGAGCACAUUUUCUACUUUUCUGUUUCAAAGGAGCCCAGUUUGGUGCAGGAGGAUUGUGGGUAAUGGAGUGUGUUUUUAUUGGUCUGCAGCCCCCGUAUCGGCUUCCAUUAGCAUUGCUGGUAGAGGAGUGACUGGUUCACUUUAAAGCCUUUUUUUUAAAUAAACGCAGAUGUUUUGAAAUAUA